AUGCAUCUCCAAGGGACCAUGGCUACAUCUUCCCUGCUAUUUCUCCUUGGAGUUCUCUCCUUUGUCUCUCGAGUAGCCGCCUACGACAUCUCUACUCUUAUCUCCACGCUUUCCUCGUCCACCAAGAUUUACUAUCCUAGCGAUGCCAAUUGGACCGAAACCGUUCAGCGAUGGAACGCCUGGGAAGAACCAACCUUCUCUCUGGCCAUUAAGCCUGCCUCGGUUACUGACCUGCAGACAGUAGUUAAAUACGCCUCCAAGCAUAAUAUCCCGUUUUUGGCCAAUGGUGGAGGCCACGGAUACAGUACCUCUUUCGGGGCUCUUCAAAAUGGGCUCAAAAUUGACCUAAGCCUGUUCAAUGAAUUUAGUAUUGAUACAGAACAAAACACUAUAACCGUCGGUGGCUCUGUUAGAUUCUCUGAAAUUAUGGGACCUCUCUACAAAGCUGGAAAGGAGAUUCAAACUGGAUCCUGUCCUUGCGUGGGGAUGGUGGGCGCCACCCUCGGCGGUGGUGUUGGUAAAUACCAAGGCCUUCACGGUCUCAUUCUCGAUGCUUUGAAGUCGGUUCAGCUCGUCACUGCCGCUGGCGAUCUCAUCACCGUCUCCGCAUCGCAGAACAAAGAGCUAUUCUGGGGUCUUCGUGGCGCUGGGUUCAACUUUGGCAUCAUUACUUCGGCCACAUACAAUGUCCACGACCUAACCAACAACGGCAAUGUGCUUAACGCCGACAUCAUAUUCCCUGCCAGCCUUAACGAGACCUAUUUCAACAUUCUGGCUAAGUAUGGCACCUUGCCCCCCGGUCUAUCCUUGUAUACUUUGGCUAUGAAUGAUCCUUCCCUAGGACCCGUUAUCCUCCUCAAUGCCGUCUACCCCGGUCCCAAGCAUGAGGCACUCGAUCUAAUAGCCCCCUUUCUCAACCUUCCCUAUCUUAAACGCAACAUCUCGAUGGUCACCUGGGAUGUACUUGACUAUGAAAUCGUCUUUGGACUGGCUCCGGUAUUUUGCACCAAUGGCGACAAGCACGAUAUGUGGUCUGUUGGUGUGCGCUCCAUUGACGUAACCACACACAUUAAUUUCUUCAACAAGCUCGCCCAGUUCUGGAAGGACUAUCCCGCUGCGUCAGGAAGUAGCUGGCAGCUGGACUACUUUCCCAUUCAGGCUGUCACUGCUAUUGCAGAUGACUCCACUGCGUACCCCCACCGCCAAAUUAGCACUCAAGAAAUGUUUUCAUUCACCUUUACCGAUAGCUCUAUCGCCGAUAAAGUAGAUGAAUUUGCUCUUUCCGCUGUUGAGACCUUCCAUGCGACCAGUGGAUUCGAUGAUAUGCGCAUCUACGUCAGCUAUGCCCAUGGCACCGAGGGACUGGAUGCUUUGUAUGGCGCCGAGAAACUACCUCGGCUAUUGAAGUUGAAGAAGCAGUGGGAUCCCAAGGGCUUGUUCAGCUAUAACAAUGGAUUACCUCACUGA